AUGUCGAUCUUCUACUGCGUGGUGGCCAACGCGCACUGCCCGCUGGCCGAGUACAGCAAUGGAGGCGACAAGGCCAUGAACGAGUUCGCGCAGAAGCUGCUCAAGAAGCUCAACCUGGCCGAGGACGCCGUCGAGGCCAUGGACUGCGACGGCAAGACGUACAGCUACCGCGUGGACAACGAGGUGGCCUACGUCUGCGUCACCAAUGCCGCGUUCGGCAAGAGCUCGGCGGCGCUGUUCCUCAAGCACAUCAACCAGCUCUUCGACAGCCAGUUCGGUAUUCGUGGCAAGGCGACGAAGCUCAAGCUCGACAUGAACAGGGACUUUGCACCCACGCUGAAGAAGCAAAUGGAAACCUUUUUGUCGGAUAAAGGGGCGGAGAAGCUGCAGGCUCUGAAGAAGGACCUGGACAAUGUGAAGAACAACGUCCAGGAGAACAUCAGCAAAGUGUUGGAACGCGGAGAUAAAAUCGAGCUGCUAGUGGACAAGACGGAUCAACUGAACUCUCAGUCUGCUGCAUUUGCUCAGUCGAGCAAGAAUCUCCGUCGGCGCUUGUGGUGGGAAAACGUCAAAAUGAAUAUUGCGAUCGGAGCACUAGUCGUGCCCGACCAAGUAAUGACUGAGAGCAAUGUCGUGCUCAUUGCGCCUUGA